CUUCCGCCCGCUCGCGCUGCAGCCUGGACCUGGCAGUGGGAGGGCUGGCGAUGGAGCGGUGGGUGCGCUCCCAGCUUCGGUUGUGGCUGCUGUUGCUACUCCUGCCCCCGGUGCCGGGCUGCCAGAAGGAGUCAGGUUCAAAAUGGAAAGUAUUUAUUGACCAAAUUAACAGGGCUUUGGAGAUUUAUGAACCAUGUUCAAGUCAAAACUGCAGCUGCUACCAUGGUGUCAUAGAAGAGGAUCUGACCCCUUUCCGAGGAGGUAUCUCCAGGAAGAUGAUGGCGGAGGUAGUGAGACGGAAGCUAGGGACCCACUAUCAGAUCAUUAAGAACAGAUUAUACCGAGAAAAUGACUGCAUGUUCCCCUCAAGGUGUAGUGGUGUUGAACACUUUAUUUUGGAAGUUAUUGGGCGCCUCCCUGACAUGGAGAUGGUGAUCAAUGUACGAGAUUAUCCUCAGGUUCCUAAAUGGAUGGAGCCUGCCAUUCCAGUCUUCUCCUUCAGUAAGACAUCAGAGUACCAUGAUAUCAUGUAUCCUGCUUGGACAUUUUGGGAAGGAGGACCCGCUGUUUGGCCAAUAUAUCCUACCGGUCUUGGACGGUGGGACCUCUUCAGAGAAGACCUGGUAAGGUCAGCAGCACAGUGGCCAUGGAAAAAGAAAAAUUCCACAGCAUAUUUCCGAGGAUCAAGGACAAGUCCAGAACGAGAUCCUCUCAUUCUUCUAUCUCGGAAAAGUCCAAAACUUGUUGAUGCAGAAUACACCAAAAACCAGGCCUGGAAAUCUAUGAAAGAUACCUUGGGAAAGCCAGCUGCUAAGGAUGUCCAUCUUGUGGAUCACUGCAAAUACAAGUAUCUGUUUAAUUUUCGGGGUGUAGCUGCAAGUUUCCGGUUAAAACACCUCUUUCUGUGUGGUUCACUUGUUUUCCAUGUCGGUGACGAGUGGCUGGAAUUCUUCUAUCCACAGCUGAAGCCAUGGGUUCACUAUAUCCCAGUCAAAACAGAUCUCUCCAAUGUUCAGGAGCUGUUGCAGUUUGUAAAAGCAAAUGAUGAUGUAGCUCAAGAAAUUGCUGAAAGGGGAAGCCAGUUUAUUCUGAACCACUUGCAGAUGGAUGACAUCACCUGUUACUGGGAGAACCUGUUGACUGAAUACUCUAAAUUCCUGUCCUAUAAUGUAACAAGAAGGAAAGGCUAUGAUCAGAUUAUUCCCAAAAUUUUGAAAACUGAACUCUAGUAGUCAUCAUUGAGCCAUAGUCCUCUCUGUGGCAGCAGAUCUCAGACAUCCUGUGGUGAGAAGCUCACUGUGAGUGUGACACCUAUACCUUGGAUACUGUUACCAAGCCAAAUAUCUGGUUUUCCUUAUCAUGCUGCACCAAGAGCAACUUUCGAGAAAGAUCCAAAAUAUGUUUAAUAUAAAUAUGAAGCAGCUCAACACUUUGGCUGAAUAAGGACCAGAAAUCAUGAGAUGUGGGUUUUGAACCCGAUUCUGCCUUUCAUUUUCUUAGGACCAAUCACAGCUUGUGCCUCAGAUCAUCCACAUGUGUAUGUCCCUCACUUUGGAACUGACUGUGCCCAUGGGAUGAUGCCCUUUGUCUCAUUGUUUGGAGUAGAAAGUCAAUCCUUUGGAACUAGUACAACUCAUCACCACAGUUCUGCAGUUAUUCUACUCUUGAUUUCUGUCGCUAUAUUUUAAUGUAGAAAGCCCUUUAGGGUUUGUGAAAAAUACUUGGGGAUUAUUUCCUAAAAGGUCUAAGGAAGCAGUAGUGUGCCAUGCCAUGAUGUAGGAGAUCUCUUUUGUCAAAGCCUAAACUCUUUGGUACUCAGGAGAUUUCUAUAAAGCCACGUAGAAGGGGGCCAAUUGCAUGAGCAAUUUUUGCAAUUGGAUUUCAAGUUCCCUUUUUGUACCUUCACACCCUUCUUUAUGUUCUCUUUCAAAAAGAAGAGAUAAAAACCUCUUAAUAAAUUUAGGAGAUGGUCCUUACUUUUUAGAGGAACUGUGCAUAAAACAGCAUCUCUUCCUUAUUCUUCACACGCCCUUACUAUUUUUCCUCCUUGAGUUGGCGGUAGUCCAUGCUUGCAGGGAUCUCAAGGAGUCUUCAUGUGUGAAAUGGUGUUAAGUUGGGAGUUUAGAACAUUCAACUUUAGCACUUACUUAUAUAGGAGAUGUUUCUUUUAGCGCACAUCCAUGUUGGAGUGCUUCCUUUUCCCUUUUGAAAAAGACAUUUGGAUAGUAGUUUAAUCUCAGGCUGUUCUCCCUAACAUAGUUGAAAAUGAAGAAAAAAUUUUAGAUUAAAACCCAUAUAGUCUGUCCCUGGUGGCACAAUGGUUAAGAAUCCGCCUGCCAAUGCAGGGGACACGGGUUCAAGCCCUGAUCCAGGAAGAUCCCACAUGCUGCGGAGUAACUAAGCCCGUGUACCACAACUGCUGAGCCCACGCUCUAGGGCCUGUGAGCCACAACUACUGAGCCUGUGUGCCACAGCUACUGAAGCCCACGCACCUAGAGCCUGUGCUCCACAACAAGAGAAGCCACCACAAUGAGAAGCCCACGCACCACAACAAAGAGUAGCCUCCACUCGCCACAAUAGAGGAAGCCCGUGCGCAGCAAUGAAGACCCAGUGCAACCAAAAAUAAAUCAAUAAAAUAAAUUUAUAAAACAAAAACAAACAAAAAAAAACGCAUAUAGUCUCAUGACACAGAACCAGCCUUGUCCCUUAGGCCCAAACUUUCCACAGAGAAAUCAACUGUUUACCU